GAAAGCGGCUGUGGCCGUGAGCCAGGCCGCUGCACCUGCAGGCUCUCCGGUGCCGUCACCUGUCACCCAGCGGCGUCCGGGUCCCCGCGGCCGCACCUCCACGGUGCUCCGGGUCACCCUGGAGCUGAAAUCGUUCUCGCCUGGCGAGCGGUCCCUGAGCCGGGGGAGUGUCCGGACACCGCACCCCGCGGGCCUGGGCGAUGCUGGCGUGCGCAGCGCCCCCCGCCGCCGGGAAUGACCGCACCCCCCCCCCGCGGGCCACGCCCCGCUUUGUCUGCGUGACGGGCAUCGCGGCGCCCCGGCGAGGUUCGCAGGGCGGACCGGCAGCAGGAUGCAUCUCCCAGAACCCCUCCUCCAGGGGUCUGACUGAACAUCACCCCCAACCCCCCCAGCCUCACUCCCUGGCUCAGACCUCGGUUUCUCGCCUGUUCCUGGUGUUCCUCCGGUACCAGGUUUACUACGAGUACCCGCUGCUGACCUACCUGGAGUACCCCAUUCUCAUCGCACAGGAUUUCGUCCUGCUCCUCUGCGUGUUCCGUUUCAGCGGGAACGUGUACCGGGCUGCGCCCUACGUCGCCCUAUUUGUGACGUCCUGGUUCCUGCUCACCCUGCAGAAGUGGAUCAUAGACCUGGCCGUGAAUUUAUGUACUUUCAUCAGCGCGGCCAGUAAGUUUGCGCAGCUGCAGUGCCUGUGGAAGACGCAGGACUCCGGGGCGGUGAGCGUGCUGACCUGGGGCCUGGCUUCCUACACCAGCGCCACAAGAAUAAUAACUACCUUAAUGACCACCAAUGACCUCACAAGACCACAGAACACACCUGCGAGGGACCGCCUCCCGCAUGCCGCGAGUUUCAGCACAAACAGCCGAGGGCGUGCCGACCGACACGGGAAGAGUAACGAGAUUCCGAUUCAGGACGUCGGUAGCCACAGGCCACUCUUCAGUUUCCACAACAGUAUCUAUAACUGGGGACCUAACUUUAAACAUCUCCACACUGACCCCCCAGGGAACAAUGAAAAAUCUCUUAGUUCCUUCAUUGAAAUAUCAGAUGCUGUAUUUCAGUAUCACACCAAACUGUAUGUGUUUAUGUAUAUAGAGACUGAUAAAAGACUACACAAUUUUUUACCUGAUGCUUCUCACUGAUGCAUACUGUCACAGUAAAAAACAGACUUCUGUGGGAUGAGAAAUACAGCAGAAAUGGUCCUGCAUGUGCUGCAAUUUUAACAGCAUUUAAAUAAAAAGUUAAGUGCCUUUGAGGCCACUUCUUCCUAGGCACCAGUUUUCACAACCCAAUACUGAAAUAUUGCCAUACACAAUUGUGUGGAUGAGGGAUCACAUGUCAAUACUUAAAAUAUAUCUAGAGUAUAUUUUAGUUUUCUUUAUAUUUGAGAUAAUUUUUGAAUGUUGAGUGUGAAAUGUAAAAAUAGUCACAAAUAUCCUUACCAGAAAUAAAAACAUAUCUAGGGUAGUCAGCAAAUUCCAAGCAAAGAAAACAUUUCAUAGUCACACACUAAUACUGAGGUCUGUAAAAAGGCUUGGAUGGAUAAUAGAUAUACAUAAAAGAUAUAUUAGUUCUAAUACUAUCCAUUAUUGUUUCUAUCACCAUACUUUAAAAAAUUGUUAGACAAUCAAAAUAGGCCGACAUUGAUAACUAUUAUUUGUAAAAAUAGUGCACUAUCUUCUGCAAAGCAAAUUUGCAUUCUAAGAGUUGGUAAACACUUGUUUUUAAUACAGAAAAGGGCUGAGACUUGGAAAAAAUUAAAUUAAGGCAUUCAAAAUGGAUAAAGUUGCCUAUCAUGAAGCAUUAGGAAACAGAUAUAAUUAAGUUCAAAGUUUCUGUUACAGCAACAUGAACAUGCAGCUCCAUCAGGUCCACACAGAUGAGUGUAUAACCCCAAUGCUAUGGCUUUAUACAAGUGCAUAGUUGCAACUGUAGUAAUGAUAUUUGAUUAAUGAGUAUAAAAAAUAAAGUGGGAAGUUAAAAAACCCUCCUGCAGUAUUACAGUACUAUAUAUGUGUAUGUAUAUGUACACACACACACACACACACACACACACACACACACAGUAUAAUGGUCACUUCUUAAAGAUGCAGUCUAUAUCACUGUAGUGAAAUCCGUUCUGAUUCUUCCGGCGAACAUGCUGGUGAAACCUCUCUGCUGAAGCUGAACAGAUGACUCCUUUGACUCUUCUCAACCCUCUGUGCCAUGUAGUGUGAGUGUGAGUGACCACCAAGAGAGCUUUAUGGAGCUUUUGGAAGAGUUGUGUAUGAUGUUCUUACUCUAUUAACCAAUCUCCGCUGGUUCAACCUGUUGUGCCAAAGGAGCCUAGAAAAAUCUCUCCAAGAUUUAUAAUUUAUAUUGCAGGAAUAAAGGGAAUAUGUAUGUGUGUGUAUCAGUCUCUCAGGAAAAUACAGCUUUUCAAUAAAUUUUGGGCCAUCAUAUUUCAGUCUUGUUUUAACUGGAAGAAUAGGAUCACCUUGAAUAAUGACUGCAUUCAUAGAAAGCAGUUAGCUGCAAAGAAAGGAAAAAUAAAGUUAGCCGAGAUAGUGAAAUAAUAAGAGAUUGUUAAGCAUUCCAUGUACACCAUUAAGCUAGAUAGUCUUCCAACGACAAGUUUUAAUACCUAAGUCAUGCAUAAAACAUAUUUAUCGUGCUACUUUUUUUAUUUUUAGGUACAUGCAAUUAUAGUCUUUUUCAUAUUUUCCAUAUUGCCUACAAACAUGACACACAGUUUUAAUACAAUUAACUGACUGUCAGGUUUAGACAAUAUGUCACUGAAUAACUCAUGUGAACAUAAAUUUGACUUGGAGUUUAACUGCUAGCUGCCUCAUGUAGCUCAAAGAACAGUGGACUUAUGGACCAGGAUUUACUUGACUAUUUGACCCUUAAAAUCUAUGAAAUGGAAACAUACACAUUGUAGUAAAUAAAAUGUUCUUUAUAUCCUUGUUAUAAACAGAUCGCCAAUAUUACCUGAUUGAAGUAUGUUUUGCAAUGUGCUUACUUAGAUUAAGGUAGACCUCUUUUUAAAUCCAUCCCAUGCAAAACAUUUAACUCAGGUUAAAUUUUCAUUCAAAUCUACUCCAGCCACUAUUAACCAAACUAUUUUACAUUUUCUAAAAGCACAAGAACUCCCACACCAGAUCACUGGCAUCCUUCAGCAAGAGAAACAUUACAUUUCCAAAAAGCAAACAUUUCACAGCAUCACAAAGAAGCCCAGAUCAGAAACAACUAUUUCACAGCACUUAUUAGACUUACAACGUUUUAACGGUUUCAAUUCUUGCAGUUAGAAAGGAAAGAGGAGGAAGGCAGGGAGGGAAGGAGAGAGGAUGGAAGGAGAAAGGAACCUCAUGCUAUGUUCACAAACUAAUACAGUUGUAGAAACUUGAAAACAUUGCAAAUUGUACUUCUCUGAAUAUGGCUUCUUUGGAAUAAACAGAAAGUACCAUAUUUA